UCCCCCCCGGAGAGGUGCGGGCAGAGGCGCAGCAUGCCCAGCGGGGUCCCCGAGAAGAACCCCACCAUGGAGCCUGCUGCCACAACACCCUUCCGCGUCACGGGGUUCCUCAGCCGGCGGCUCAAAGGCUCCAUCAAAAGGACAAAGAGCCAACCGAAGCUCGAUAGGAACAGCAGCUUCCGGCACAUUUUACCUGGCUUCAGGAGUGUGGACAAUGAAAGAUCCCAUCUAAUGCCGAGGCUGAAAGAAUCACGCUCCCACGAGUCUUUGCUCAGUCCCAGUAGUGCUGUUGAGGCUCUGGAUCUCAGUAUGGAGGAAGAAGUGGUCAUCAAGCCGGUCCACAGUAGCAUCCUGGGACAAGACUAUUGCUUUGAGGUGACGACUUCAUCAGGAAGUAAGUGCUUCUCGUGUCGUUCGGCAGCAGAGCGAGAUAAAUGGAUGGAAAACCUGCGGCGUGCCGUGCACCCAAAUAAGGACAACAGCAGAAGGGUAGAGAAUAUGUUAAAGUUAUGGAUUAUUGAGGCCAAGGACCUGCCAGCUAAGAAGAAGUACUUGUGUGAAUUAUGCCUGGAUGAUGUUCUUUAUGCACGAACUACCUGUAAAUUGAAAACUGAUAAUGUCUUUUGGGGGGAGCACUUUGAAUUUAAUAACCUCCCAUCGCUCAAAAACAUUACAGUGCACUUAUACAAAGAGACUGACAAGAAGAAGAAGAAGGACAAGACCAACUUCAUUGGCCAGGUGAACAUCCCUGUCAGCUCCGUCACGGGCCGGCAGUUCGUAGAGAAGUGGUACCCAGUGGUGAGCCCCAACCCGGGCAAGGGCAAGUCCCCGGGGCCCAUGAUCCGCAUCAAGUCACGAUACCAGAGUAUGAGCAUUCUUCCCAUGGAGAUGUACAAAGAGUUUGCUGAGUACAUCACUAACAAUUACAUGGUGCUGUGCUCGGUGCUGGAGCCCUCGCUGAGCGUGAAGAACAAAGAGGAGAUGGCAUCUGCGCUGGUGCACAUCCUGCAGAGUACAGGCAAGGCCAAGGAUUUCUUGACUGACCUGAUGAUGUCUGAAGUUGAUCGCUGUGGUGAGAAUGAGCAUCUCAUUUUCAGGGAGAACACACUGGCCACCAAAGCAAUCGAAGAAUACCUGAAGCUGGUGGGGCAGAAAUACUUGCAAGAUGCCUUAGGGGAAUUUAUCAAGGCACUGUAUGAAUCAGAUGAGAACUGCGAGGUGGAUCCCAGUAAGUGUUCAUCUUCAGACCUUCCUGAACAUCAGAGCAACCUGAAAAUGUGCUGUGAGCUGGCCUUCUGCAAGAUCAUCAACUCCUACUGUGUCUUCCCAAGGGAGCUCAAGGAAGUUUUUGCCUCGUGGAGACAAGAAUGCAGCAACCGCGGCCGCCCGGACAUCAGCGAGCGCCUGAUCAGUGCCUCCCUGUUCCUGCGGUUCCUGUGCCCGGCCAUCAUGUCCCCGUCCCUCUUCAGCCUCCUGCAGGAGUACCCGGAUGACCGCACUGCUCGCACUUUGACCCUCAUUGCCAAGGUCACCCAGAACCUCGCCAACUUUGCCAAGUUUGGCAGCAAAGAGGAAUACAUGUCCUUUAUGAACCAGUUCCUGGAACACGAAUGGACUAACAUGCAGAGGUUUCUCCUGGAGAUCUCCAACCCCGAAACCAUCUCAAACACUGCUGGCUUUGAAGGCUACAUUGACCUUGGCCGGGAACUGUCCACUUUGCACUCGCUACUCUGGGAAGUCAUUUCUCAACUGGAGCAGAGCACUGCAACGAAGCUUGGGCCUCUGCCUCGGAUCCUGAGGGAUGUCAACUCUGCGCUCAGUAACCCGGCCUGCGUGCAGGUCUCGGUCAUGGCCGAUCACACUGCAUCCACACCCAGUGCUGGCAACAGCAUCUCUGCGGGGCUCCAGAAAAUGGUGAUAGAGAAUGACUUGUCUGGUCUGAUAGAUUUCACACGGUUACCAUCUCCAACCCCUGAAAACAAGGACUUGUUUUUUGUCACAAGGUCUGCUGGGGCCCAGCCCUCGCCUGCCCGAAGCUCCAGUUACUCAGAGGCCAAUGAGCCCGACGUGCAGAUGUCUAAUGGCAGCAAGAGUUUGUCCAUGGUGGACUUGCAGGACAAUCGGCUCUUGGACAGUGGGGCCAACGCGCCGGGCGCGGCUGACUCCCUCAAUGACAGUCAGUCAUCCCUGGGGCAGUUGCAGGGCAUAUGGACCACACGGACUCAGCAGAACAGCAUCACGGGCAUGGCCACCGUGCGCCGCGUGGGCCAGACCCCGACCACGCCGAGCGGCGAGAGCGCUCCGGGCCGGCCGCAGCUCCUGGCCCCGCUGUCCUUCCAGAACCCCGUGUACCAGAUGGCAGCAGGGCUGCCGCUGUCCCCGCGCGGCCUGGACUCGGGCUCCGAGUGCCACAGCUCGCUCAGCUCCCACAGCAACAGCGAGGAGCUGACAGCCAACAAACACGGCUUCACCGCGCCCGUGGCCGAGGACUUCGCGCGCCGCACCGGGGAGCUGGCCCGCAGGCAGCUCUCGCUCACCGAGAAGGGUGGGCAGCCCACGGUGCCAAGGCAGAACAGUGCGGGGCCGCAGCGCCGGAUAGACCAGCCCCCACCGCCACCACCGCCGGCCACCCGCGGCCGCACGCCGCCCUCCCUGCUGAGCACCGUCCAGUACCCACGGCCCUCCAGCGGCACCAUCAUGUCCUCCUCGCCGGACUGGCCUGGCAGCGGAGCCCGGCUCCGGCAGCAGUCGUCAUCCUCCAAGGGUGACAGCCCCGAGAUGAAGCAGCGCACGAUGCACAAGCAGGCCCCUUCUCCUGUGAACCCCAAUGCCCUGGACCGCACUGCCGCUUGGCUUUUGAAUAUGAACAUGCAGUUUUUAGAAGAUGAAAGCAUUGACCCAGAUUCCAAGCACAGGGAUAAGCUCAGGAAUAAGGACGAGCUCAGCCAAGCAGAAAAGUACCAGCAGGACCUGGUGGUGCUGCAGGACAAGCUGCGCAUUUCCAACAAGAAGCUGGAGGAGUAUGAGACUCGCUUCAAAUGCCAGGAGGAGACGACGCAGAAGCUGAUGCUGGAAUACCAGGCCAGGCUGGAGGAGAGCGAGGAGCGGCUCCGGAGGCAGCAGGAGGAUAAGGAGAUCCAGAUGAAGGGCAUCAUCAGCAGGCUGAUGUCAGUUGAGGAGGAGUUAAAGAAGGACCAUGCAGAAAUGCAGGCUGCUGUGGACUCCAAGCAGAAGAUUAUCGAUGCACAGGAGAAACGCAUUGCUUCCCUGGAUGCUGCCAACGCACGGUUAAUGAGUGCCCUUACUCAGCUCAAAGAGAGGUACAGCAUGCAGACACGUAAUGGGAUCUCCCCCACAAACCCAACUAAAUUGCAGAUUACAGAGAAUGGCGAAUUCAGAAACAGCAGUAAUUGUUAACCCGCGGAGGGAGCCGCAGGAGGAGGCCACAGAGACCGUGCAGCAGCAGGCGUGAGCUCCAGAGAACGGCUGCUCCCCCUGAGGACCCCGCUCCUUACUGCGGACGGCGCUUGACUGAGCCUCUGUGGGAGAUGCUAAUGCCAGCACAUUGAGGGGACGGAAAGAUCGAGUGUGAGAUGAGUGGCAUAAGGAAAUAACAUAUAUUUGAGCAUUGCUGUCACUGUUGGAUUUCAAUCAGUGUUUAAUGGUUAAACAAAAGUUACCUUUUUUCCUUCUAAACUGCCCAAAGGAUACACCUCACCCCUCCCAGCAAGGACUAACGUCCUUGUCAUUGCAGUAAGCGACACAAAGGGAGCUGGGCAGAGCCUGCAGCAGGCAGGGGCCCAGUAAAGUCCAGUUAAAGGGUGCUGCUGGAUGUAGCUGUACGAGGGAUGCAGCACCCGCUCCUCCUGUGACUCCCCUGGAUCACAGCCCUCUCCCAAAGCAAGCCCCGAGCCCAGCCCAGCCUCCUUAUGUGGCUUUUGUGAGGCCACUGGCUGCCCACAGGGGCCUGGCAGGAGGAUUAGUGCUGCAUUAACUCCAGCAGAGAGGGAGCACAGUCCAGAUGAGGGCAGGGCACAGGCUGGGUGCUGGAGCAGCCAAAGGGGUGCUGCAGGGCAGCGAGAGGGGCAUUGCCGGGGGUCCCUGGGCAGCCCAGGGGAGCAGAGCAAGCCCAGGGCUCUGGCAUGCAAGUGGAGGGAGGAGCUGGCACCUGAACAGCGACCUGAUGCCUCUCUACAGCUUCUGCUCGCACAAGUAAUGGGGAAGAGCCUGUGUAAGCCAUAGCCCCGGGGCGCUGCCGUCCUGCCCUGCCCAUCACUUCCAGCCACAGAAUAAAGAAAUGCUGCCUGAGCUUGGUCCCGAGCUGUGAAUGAGGAGCAGGGGCUGGAUUUCCUGUGCCCGGUGCGGUAGAGGGGGAGCGAGGGGCUAUGUGCACUCACAGCUUCUUGUGUGCAGAGGGGUCGUUUGGGGGUGUGAUGCUCUGUGCAGAGAUUGUUACUGUUUCUGGGGAGAAAAACAGACAAAGAAGAAAAAAAAAAGCCCUGAAGACCCAUGAAGAUCGGUAAUUGUAUUUCUUUUCUUUCACAGUAUGCAUUAGAAAAAAAAAGAUCCCAUUUUCUGGAAUACUGUCCUCUUUAAAUUGGGAAUGAGCACUGCAUGGAAAUUAACCGGCUCGAAGAAUGUAAAACAUGGUCAUAAGGGAGUAACCACCAAGAACAGCAGCCACCAGCGAAAGGCCCCUUGUCAGGAGCACUGUGCAGGCAUAAGCCAGGAUUAGACUUUCCCAGCUGCUGAGACGCAGAUCCCGGCACAUUCCCGUUGUGCUCAGCGGAGGGGUCACCUCCUUAACGGGGGAUCGCGCCGCCACGGUGUGUUUGUUGGGUUGUGGUUGUUCUAAGGUAGCACUUCAUGACUCCCACUCUCAGAGCAGGUCACUCGUAACCAAGAGCCCCAGGGCUCUCUCUGAGAUACGGAUGACAGUGUACAGUGUACAGGACCUCUGCCUGUUCCUCCCACUAAGGUUUAUUACACUGCUCAACGCCUCUCCUAGCUCCUCCUGCCAUGUGUAAAUGUACAAAGGGACUAGGAUGCUCACUGAGCUCUGCACAGCUCAGGUACCGUCUCCAGCCUCACCCCACCUAGGCUGCCUGAGCAGGACACUUUGCCAGUAAGCUCUGCAUUGCCAUGCUGCCCCACAGGCUCAUUCACAGCAUUCACCACAUGCAGUUGUUUUCACAGCUAAAGAUGAUGCCUUUUGUUCCCAAACGCUUUUCUGUUCCCGGGAAGCCCUGGGCCGAGCUGGGUACGGUUUGGUCCAUGGAGGCGAGGACGCGGUGCACUGAGGUCUGUGCACACCACCAGCCCUGCAGUGUGGUGCGGGCACAGCAGACCCCAGCUGGAGCUCAGAGCACAGGAAUAAGUGUUUAUGACAGAGACAAGCACAGCUGGCUUGGAAGAACAACACCAAACUGACAAGGUUCCAACUGGAGAAAGACCCAGGCAGGUUAGGAGCACACAGGGUACUGUGAACCCUCGGGUACGUACACUUACAUCUGCCAUUGCCUCAAAUACAUGGUAACAACCCUGCAAAAAACGCGACUGUUUUAAGCCACUGUUGCCCUGAGAUGUGUGUUUAGAGCUGAUGGGGUCUGAGAUCCAAAUAUUUGUGUUGCAGAGAUGGGAAUUUGCCAAGAGAGAAAGAACAUGAGGAAUGGAAACGAGCAGGGCCUGGGACGGGUGGUGCGGUCCCAUUCAGACACGGAUGCGAUGCUGGGAUGCAGUCAGUGGGAUAAAGAAACACCCACAAAACAAUUGUUUAGUCCUGGAGCUCAGCACCCCACAAUUCAGGCUCCUCAAGCCCAAGGCAAGGCCCUGCUCCCCCUGCCCCAUCUGUCACAAGCUCCUGGUUAUCUGGGAUGUACCAGGCACUGCACACACAUUGUUCUGCUGAACCAGCAGGAACACUGAAAUCCUGCCCCAAAGAGUCAUUAGAACCUUAGAAGUUCCAGUGCCAGCACCUCUGGAGCUGCAGCUCAGGCUCCUGAGCCGGUAUGAAAAGAAAUCCCACAGGACAUAGGCUCCUGGCAGUAGAUCCCUUCCAUUCCUCCCCAUUCCCUCCCAUCUCCUUCCCUGCAACUAUCAACAACUAGACCUAACCGUGACCCUCUCGUGAGCAGGUUCUGGGGUAGGUUUGCAGCUCCAGGCUCAGUUCUGUCACUUCACUUUGUGUUUCUGUUAUUUAUGGACUGUACAUGGAUGGGGGGGGUGUGCACACGAGCACAGCAAUACCAGAGGCAAGCCCAAGUGGUGUUUGCAGCUCUGGAGCAAAGCUCCAUCCCAAAUGUUUCCUGAGCGGCUCCAGUUCCUUUCUCGUUCUUGUGCUUCCUCCAGUAAGAGGCUGUUCUGGUGCAACCGCAUCCGAGUGUAAAUGAGACACAAUCACACUCGGGUUUUUAUCUUAAUACAAGUCUUAAUAGUUUGGGGUCAAUGUUCUCCGUGUUGACUGUACCGUAUCUAUCUCACUAACAGGUGUACAUAGUAACCGCUGGUGCUGCUUGUUCGGGCAGGAUUUGGCUGUAUCUCACUGCUGUUUUGGAGAGGGGGGACUCAAGCUUCCAAAUCUGGAUCCACACCCCCAGGUUUAUGAUUUCAGCCUCCUCCCCUUGGGGAUCUGAGGGAAGGGGCAGGGAGAGAAGCCAGGGAUCCAGAUUUGGGGCUGGCCCACCCCAAGGAUUCUGUUGUACGAGUUUUGAUUUGGGGUUUUGUUAAACUGUAGUGAAUGCUUGUCAAAAAUGAGCAAAGUUUCAUGUGAAGGGGAUGAAAUGGACUGACCAGUAUCCCAAGGUCUCUGCAGACGCAAGUGUCAUCGUUGUGGACAGGGAUUAUGGCUUCAGUGCCAAAAGAUCGGAAGGAUCCAAGUUCUUCCCCAUGCCAACUAAUACUACAUUGUAGUCACCAGCCCCUUUUGCACCAGUUUAAGCAAACCCUGCUGCCAUCCAAAGAGUCCUGCAUCACUGCACUGUCAUUUGAGUCUGACUGGGUUUGUUUCCUGCUUCUGCAGUUGUAAAGCACUGAUUGCACUGUGAGAACAAGCUGAAUCCUUGGGGCUGGGAGCCAGCCCCAUAGGCUGCUGCAGGGUGCAGAACACUGGUCCUGCUACUACAGAUAUUCCUAAAGGGCAAAGGGACUUGCUGGCCCUAAGCAAGGCAUCACAGGCUCUCCUAGGAAAGCAGCUGGCACAUAAUCAAUCAUUCCCAAAGCUCAGAGUGCUCUCAGCUUUUCCCUGUUACUGAUACCCAUACCCAGAUGCAAUAGGAAACACACUGAGGUCUGCUCUGUGAUGAACAAGGAGAGAACUCUUCAUCACCAGAGGUGAUGUGUUCAUCCAGAACAGCCACAGUGUAUUCCAUGGGUCUGACCUGCAAGGGGCUCAUUGCAGCCUGUGACCCCCAGGAGAUGCUGUCCCCAGCAGUGUCCAGCCUGGUCACUGCUCUGUCCAUAGCACACAGCUGUGCCUGGAGGAAGAGAGGCAGAAAGCCCAAAGGGAACAACUGUCCCUGGGCUGAGCUCCCCCAGUAUCCCCCUUCCCAGCCCAGGCGCUGUUGGGAUCAGUGCUCACAGCAAUCCCAGCCUGACCCACUCAGACCUCAUGGCCACCACAAGAUCCCUUCAGUAGCCAUGGGAAGGGGCAUCUCCAUCUCCAAGCAGGUCUUUGGCUGCUGAGCCUGAGGCUUGGCCUUGUGGCCCCUGCCCUGCACAGGUACCUGCUGCUGCCUUCUCUUCCCAUGGGGAAUGUGACACAUGGAGAGGGAGCAGAGAGCAGCACAUCAGCACACAGCUCCUGGGCUUUACAAACCAAAUCCAACCUCGAGGGCAUUGCACAACAUCCAGACCAACCAUGCUUGGGAAGAGGUGUCACAGUCAAGCACUGACUUCCACAGAUACCCAAGCUGUGACACUGCUGUAAAUGCCAUGUGGUUCUACAUCAGCUACCAGUACCCCAGAGUGCAGCCUCCAUGCUCACAUAUUCCUUUAUCAUACAUCACUGUGUCUUAAGAUAUACCUCUCUCUGUAUAUCUGCUUAGGCUGAUACUCGUUCCUGAUAAGCAGUCACUAUGUUUUAUAUCCUCUUAUAAAGAAAAACAAACCUUCUUUUGUAAGUAUGUUUAAAAACCAAGCAAAGUGGAAGUGUUUGCUGAACCUCCUUCAGCUCCUUUUAAACUAUGUAAUAAUGUACAGAGAAAGUUGUUGGUGUUCAAAGCAAUGAUGUGGCCGUGCAAUUUAUGUACAUUUGCAAUUAGAAAUAUUAAAGAUUUAUUUAGAUAUUUUACACAA